CCCUGCUAGACCCUGUAGUCAGCCAUGAUGCUUCUGCAGAUUCACUUUCCUCGCUGAAGGAAAUGUAAAAUCGUGAAAAUUCUCUAACCUAUGACAACUAUGGAUGUAUAACAGUGCAUGGACGGGGAUCAUAACUACACGGCAAAGGUCACAUACAUCUCAAGAGGAUCCAGGAGGAGUGAGGUAGCUUAAUCAAGAUGGUGGUGGCACAAGGGGGUCGGCUAAUGCGUGGUGGGGGCAUGGCAACCACAGGCUGUGGCAUGACCCCCAAAGAGCUCUCAGACAAUGACGACUUGGCAACAGCUCUUGUUCUUGACCAAUACCUGGGUUUUGCAACUCACAAGAUGAAUGUAAGGUACCGGCCACUAAGGGGAAGCAAAGAAGAACUCGGCCAGAUAAUUGAGGACUUCAUUCAGCAUCAAGACUAUGAAAAGGCAUUCAAACAACUAGUGUCUGGAGACUGGAUGCCCUGGACCUUCUUCAUCACAAAGAAUAAACAUCUCCAAGCUGCAUUUAAGGAACACGUAUUUCGUUAUCUGAGAGUGUUCGACAAGGACAGUGGAUUUGUAGUAAAGCCAUGUUACCGAUACUCUAUGGAGGGUUGUGUGGGGGCGCAACCAGGAAGUGAACAGGAUGCUGAACAUGGAAAUGGCAUCCUCACUGGAGCCAGUGUUCUUCCAGUCUUGGCUGACGGACUGGACCUUACAUUUACCGAUGAGAAUAAUGCAAAAAUCGGAGCUUGCACUCUGAUUUUGUCGCCCGUGGUGGGCAGUGUGCAGGCGAUUUUGAUACUACCUGGAAACCGUGAUUAUGGGCUUCCAAGUGGACUGUUGUACAAGAAUGAGCAGAUAGGCUAUCUGGUGGGCUGUAUUGCCGAGCUUAGUGAAGAUGAGGAGACACAGCUCCUCCAUCCUGGCAAGAAUGAUUUUUCUGUCAUGUAUUCCUGCAGAAAAAACUGUGCCCAACUGUGGCUUGGUCCAGCAGCUUUUAUUAAUCAUGACUGCCGGGCAAACUGCAAGUUUACAGCCACAGGGCGAGGAACAGCUUGUGUAAAAGUUCUACGAGAUAUUGAAGUAGGAGAAGAGAUCACCUGCUUCUAUGGGGAAGACUUCUUCGGCGACAAUAACUCCUAUUGUGAAUGCUUAACUUGUGAAAGGUAUGAGUAAAAAAAAGAAAAGGUGGUUUGCCAAUAUUGUGAAACCAGGGAAGAUAAGCAUGUUGGUAAUUGUUCGUCAAGAAAUACCAGAAAGAGGACAGCUUUCCACAUUCUAUAGUUGCCAGCUGGACAGUAUUGUAAUGCUUAUAUGAAUUAGAAGUUUGUAACUCUGGUUUGAGCAAUCGUCUUGUUGCUAUUAAAUUUUCAUAGCUGUAGGAUGCAGCAUUUAGUCAGUUGCUAGUUUCAUAUUUUGAAGAUAUUGUCAUUAUCUUGAACUUUUCCAUAUUAUAGAAUAUAUAUCUUCAUGGGUAGUAUUUUCCAAUUCUUUAUGUAUUUAUAGUUAAUUGUAACAAAUGUAAAGUAAAGUGUGAACAUAAGCAAAUGAUUCCACAAUGCUUCAUUAUUGUGUCAAAAAUUUCAUCAUUGUAAGAAAAAUUUAAUAACCCUUUGGAUCCAGGUGCCCUGCAGCUCACAUGUGGACCAAAAUCCAGGCAUUAGGUUUACUCUCCCAAAUGUUUGGCAUGUAUGCCUAGAACACUCGUAUCAAAACGCCUUGCCUCCCAUUUGCCAUAGUAUUUAUUUUUCUGCCAAAUUAUUUUUGCUAUUAUCCAAGACUAUAUUUUUCAUUUGUUAUACUGUAUCAAGAUGGUAGUAGACUUUUCCCUAAACAGAUUACAUAUUUCCUCUGUAGGAAGUCUACAACUAAAAUAGUAAGAAUAGGUAACAUUGGCCUAUUUGUUUCCAUUUUAAUAUUUUUGUAAUAUUCAACUUUCUGUAUCAGACACGCUGCUGGUCAUGACGAGCAGGAAUAGGAUGUCAAUAGUGUUCUCCCUGGAGCCCGCACUCUUCCAGGCAUGGCUCACAAAUGGUACAUUCCACCCUUGUUUACCAAUGGAACUAAUAUUAGAGCCCCUUCCUUCCUAAAUGCCC